AUGGAAUUUCCUAAAUUAGGAUGUCAUUGCUCUGAGCCUUCAUGUAAAAAAUUAGAUUUUUUACCAAUAAAAUGUGAUGGUUGCAGUAACUUAUAUUGCAAUGAUCACUUUAAGUAUAGUGCACAUUUUUGUUCAAAUGCUUUUAAAAACAAUGUGCAAGUUCCUGAAUGUCCAUUAUGUGGAAUGCCUGUUCCCAUACCUAGAAACCAACAACCUGAUGUUGCAGUGGGUGCUCAUAUAGAUAGAGAUUGUAGAUGGGAUCCAUCAAAGGAGAGAAAGGUUUUUACAAACAAAUGCACUCUAAAAGGUUGUAAAACAAAGGAAAUUAUACCUGUUUUAUGCCCUGAAUGUGAUAACAACUUUUGCUUACGGCAUCGUCAUACAGCGGAUCAUAAUUGUAUUGGUUCUAAAGCAACAAUUAGAGCUAAAAUGUAUAAUGCAGCUGCUGACCGAAAUUUAUCUACCAAGAAUGCUAAACCUUUAAUAAAUACAAAAGGAAUUCAAGAUCAAAAUAUGGACAUAUUCAAUAUGUAA